CAAAUGAGUAAACGCGGUUUCAAAUUAAAAUCACAAACACACACCACCCUCUAUUUAUUCCCAUUUCAAUCCUCACUUCUCUUCUUCAAUUUUCAAUGGCAAUCAUAACAACAAUCCUCCAAUUGCUUCUUUUUUUCUCAAUCUUCUCCUCUGUUAAUGCAGAUUAUGGAGGUUGGAUCAGCGCUCAUGCCACUUUCUAUGGUGGAAGUGAUGCUUCAGGAACAAUGGGCGGCGCUUGUGGGUAUGGGAAUCUGUAUAGCCAAGGCUAUGGGACGAACACUGCAGCGUUGAGCACGGCGCUUUUCGAUAAUGGACUCAGUUGUGGCGCUUGUUUUGAGCUACGCUGUGUCAAUGACCCUCAAUGGUGUAUUCCCGGCACCAUUGUUGUCACUGCCACUAAUUUCUGUCCUCCUGGUGGCUGCUGUGACCCUCCAAAUCAUCAUUUUGACCUCUCUCAGCCUAUCUUUCAACACAUUGCUCAAUAUCGCGCUGGGAUUAUCCCCGUCGCUUACCGCAGGGUAAGGUGUAGGAGAAGUGGAGGAAUAAGAUUCACAAUCAACGGCCAUUCAUAUUUCAACUUAGUACUAAUCACAAACGUGGGAGGCGCCGGAGAUAUUCAUGCGGUGGCGAUUAAGGGUUCAAAAACAAGAUGGCAACCAAUGUCUAGAAAUUGGGGCCAAAAUUGGCAGUCCAAUUCUUAUCUCAACGGACAAAGCCUCUCAUUUUUGGUGACCGCUAGCGACGGCCGGAAAGUCCUCUCCUACAACGUAGCUCCCUCCGGUUGGUCCUUUGGCCAAACUUAUGUCGGCGGCCAAUUUCGUUAUUAAUUAAUUAAUUAAUUAAUUAAUUAUAUUAUAUUAAAGAGAAACAACAAACAAAUAUUAAUUCACUUCUCCUAAAUGCCAAAAAAGGGUUUUAUGGUUUAAAAGAUUUCACCCUUUUUCUUCUUUUUCAUCUUUUUUUGCUUUUGGACCACUUCAAGGACUUGUUUGGCUAUUGAAUAUAGUUUAAAAGAAUAUAAGAAUAUAUAUAUAUAUAUAUAUAUAUAUAUAUAUAUAUAUAUCUAUAUGUUUUAAUCAUAUGUUGUACGUAUAAUAUAAUUUAAAAAUAAUAGAGAGAGUAGUAGAAAAUGAAAUUACAUAAAGAUGGAGAGGGGAAUUAAAGGGGUAUUUUGGGUAUGGGGUUGGGUUGGGGAGAUGUAGAAGCAUGUGGGGUUUUUGGUUUAAGUUUGUGCAAUAUUUGAGACAAUAGGUUGUGGUGUUGUUUCUAAAUGAAAGAGAUAUUUUCCUGCU